GUUAGCUUUCAAAGCUGUUGAAGGUUGUCGGCUUUUUUACCUGCGUGUUGCACCCUGGUUUGGGGACAGUUUUCCCUGCCUCAUGGACCCGCCUGUUUCUCCCACCCACCCACCAGCCUCCGCCCAGCCCACUGACCAUCCAGUUCAGCACGGCAGAGCAACCGGACACGUCUCAGAAAGCUCCGCUCUGUACCCAAUAGGGCCGCGGGACUCAUUUGACCGUACAUCUGGUGGUCGGCUUGUAGCGGGGAGCGGCGGGGAGUACCGCGGGAUUUAGGGACACGGUGGACCGAACGACGACUCCCCGCUGGAAGACAGCGAAACGACGAAAAAAUAGUUAAAGAAGCUUAAAGUGGCCUCCAGUCAUGAGUCCCCGCUGCAGAGUGAACUUCAACACUAUGAUUUUCCUGGUCGUCCUGCAGGGGGCAGCAGUUGUGCUCUUCUGCAACUGGUACUACCAGCUGAGCCCCUGCAACUCCCCUCCCCGAAAAGGCAAGAUUCACGUUUUGCUGCUGUCGUCGUGGCGAUCAGGUUCAUCCUUUCUGGGUCAGGUUUUCAGUCAACACCCAUCUGUUUUCUACCUCAUGGAGCCCGGGUGGCAUGUUUGGACCAAAAUAGAGAAACCUGGUGCACGAGUUCUCCGAAUGGCUGUGAGGGAUCUAAUGCGGAGCUUGUACCAGUGUGACUUCUCAGUGAUGGAUUCCUACAUGCCUGAGAACUACAAUAUGUCCACCUUGUUUAUGUUUCACCACAGUCGGGCACUGUGCUCGCCUCCUGCGUGCUCCCUCACACGGCGCAGUGACAUGAGCAACGAGACUCUUUGCCAAAAGAAAUGUGAUUCUCAAGGUUUGGAGAUGGUGGAGAAGGCCUGCCACACUUACAGCCAUGUGGUUUUAAAAGAAACUCGUUUUUUUGAGCUGGAAUCCCUUUAUCCCCUUUUUCAAGACCCAAACCUGGACCUCCGCAUCGUUCACCUCGUUCGAGACCCUCGGGCCGUGAUACGGUCAAGAGAGGAAUCAGCCAAGUCUUUUGACAUGGACAACGCCAUCGUCUUGGAGCAAAGAAACGUACCAGCAGCCAGUAUCCAGUACGAAGUGAUGCAGGAGAUCUGCAGAAGCCACGUACGCAUCAACGAAAGGGCAAUCCUGAAGCCACCUCCUUUUCUGGAAGGUCGCUACAAAAUGAUUCGGUAUGAAGACGUGGCACGCAACCCGUUGAAGGAGAUUAAUGAUAUUUAUGACUUUGUCGGUUUAGAGAUGACAAGUCAGAUGGAGGAAUGGAUCUACAAAGUGACCCACGGAAAAGGGAAAGGCAGCAAGAAAGAGGCUUUCCAGAUCACCUCUAGGAAUGCCAAUGAGGUGUCACAGGCGUGGCGCACCGUGCUGCAACACAGCAAGGUCAAACGCAUUCAGGAGCUGUGCAAAGGGGCCAUGUCGCUGCUCGGCUACCGGACAGUUGACAGCGAAAAAGAACAGAAGAGACUCGACAUAGAUCUGCUGGUUCCACGUGAACCUUACGAGUUCAGCUGGGUUUCAGCUAAAUCUCAGCGCACAGGGAGCAGCUAGAGCAUCACGCCUCCUGUUUCAGGUCCUCUCAGAGGCGACAGGCUUGAAUAGUCUCCCUGUCGCUGUUAAAGCACGGCUCAAACUUCCACCUCAGACUGCCUCUUUUCAAGAUUUGAAGAUUAAUUACAGCCUUUUUGCAUGACAGUACACUGAGUACAGCAUGUGAAAGUGGAGUAAAAGACUCAGUAGAACUUACUGACAGCCUUGUUCCUGAAAACCUCUGAUAGAUGGUUAGCUAUGCAAGGGUUUACACUCCAUUGCAUUUCACAGAACAUCACUCACAACUACCUUAAGAGUCACAGUUGAGCUUGAAGACAAACUAAUGGCACCUGUUUUCAAUGCUUUCCACUUCUUUUCCACUAACUUUUGUAUUUGUAUAUUAUUUAAAUGAUCAUGUAAACCUUAGCAAAAUGUCAACAUACACCCUAUGCCAAUUAGCAUACAGAGUUUGUCUUGUUAUCCUUGGGCCCAGCGAUUCCUGGAGUCUCUCUACUGCUUUGGAGGAGAAACUUACCAAUAUUUAUGGAAACUUGAGACUCACAGUUACCAGGGGUUUCAACGGACAAAUCUGAUUUACCUAAAUUUGUAUACAUUGGAAUGGUAUGCGUACAUCCAGUCUCACAUGUAAUUUAUUGUAAAUCAAUGCGUUCUUUGUCCAGUGAUGAGCAGGAACACAUUUCUGAGGGUACGUGUAUAUUGUCUGAGAAGGCCGAGCUUAACAUGGCUUUUUAUUCCUGAGAAACUUGAAUAGAGCACAGCUCGUUGGAGUGUACUGAUCUGGAGACAAGAGAUGCCUGAAGAUCAGAUCGUUUUAGGACAAACUUUGGCUUCUUCUUUUUUAUGAAGGAAUCAACAAAAUUUUGCCUCAAAGACAGGAUUUGGUUGUCUGCUAUGUGUGUUAGGCUGUUACACAUCUGACCACCUCAUUCUGCAACAUGUAGCUUUUCCGUUCUGACAAACAUAAAUGUACAAAGUUGUUUUUUAAAUAGCGCUGAAUUGUUUGCGAGAUUUACCUGAGAAUGUGCGUUUAAAGGCUAAAAUAUGUCAGAGUUGCUUUGUAAAGUGUAACACAAAAAAUGAAGUUAUGGUGUAGUGAUAGUGAGUGAACGAUGGCACAGAUCA